AUGCAAUCAGUAGACAGGUUUAUUAACUACUACAAAGAAGACGGAGGUUGUGAAGAAGGACCUGCUUACUGGUCGCACGCAGGCGGCAUGCUGUUCAACUACCUUACGCUGCUACAGCAGGCUACCGGGGGAGCAGUUAAUAUAUUCAACCGGCCGCUCAUCAGGAAUAUUGGUGCUUACAUAUACAAAGCGCAUAUAGACAGCAGCUAUUAUAUCAACUAUGCAGACGCUGCAGCAAAACUCAGCACCGAUGCCGGCAUCGUGUAUCAUUUUGGCAAAGCCACAAACGAUAGGCUGCUCACCGGUUUUGGUGCUUACCUCGCCAGGCAGCAGCAUUGGGAAAAAAGCAUUCCUGUUGAAACCAUCUAUGGCGGGAUCCAGAAUAUUUUUAGUGCUCCGUCUAUCCUGGCUGCAAAAGCUCAGCCCGCUUUCCUGGCAGAUGCCUGGAUGGAAGGAACCGGUAUUGCGAUGGCAAGAGAUGCGGCAGGCAGUGCUAAGGGAUUUUAUUUUUCUGCGCUGGCGGGGCAUAAUGCCAACCAGCACGAUCUCUUUUUUGCACAGGGUUAUUGUGCGGCAAAAGACAGGCUAUUCCAGCUUGAAAUAUGGCGAAGGCAGGCAACCGGCACCAUGGCGGCCAUACUGGGUGGGCGUGAGUUGCAGAGAGAUAUUGGCGCAAGGCUUUUCCGAUUCCGUGGCAAUAUGGACAAAGAAUUGAACCAUUAUCACCCCCAGGGAAAACAAAUCAUACAGGCUUUUACUGAAGGUAUCAACGCAUAUAUUGACGAAGUGAACAGGCAGCCGGAACAACUUCCCGUUGAAUUCCGGUUGCUGCACAUUUUGCCGGGCAAAUGGACACCAGAGGUAGUGAUAUCUAGACACCAGGGCAUACUGGGCAAUAUCACCGAAGAAUUAAAUAUGGGCCGUUCGGUAGCAAUGGUAGGCGAAAAGAAAAUUAAAGAACUGUUGUGGUUUCAUCCGGAUGAUCCGCUGCUGCAAAUAGACAGUGCAAUCAAUACUGUAUUGCUCGGGCAGGACAUUCUGUCACUGUACAAUGCCUGGCGCAAAGACCUGCUGUUUACACCGGAAGACAGCAGCAUGAUUGCCGGACGCAAUGCUGCAACAACAGUCAGCAACGAAAUGACCGCAACGCAAGGAAAAAACAUGCCAUCAUCUCCCGAAAUGGAAGGCAGUAAUAACUGGGUAAUUGCAGGCAGCAGAACCGCCAGUGGGCAUACCAUGCUGGCAAACGAUCCCCACCGUAAAAUAGCGUUGCCUUCACUCCGUUAUAUUGUACAUCUCAAUGCCCCGGGCUGGAAUGUAACCGGUGGCGGCGAACCGGAGAUUCCAGGUGUGGCCAUUGGUCAUAAUGAAGAAGGUGCGUGGGGAAUUACUGUUCACCAAACCGAUGCAGAAGAUUUAUAUAUAUAUGAUCUUCGUCCGGGACACCUGGAUCAAUACCGCUAUAAAGGAGAAUGGUUGCAGAUGAAAGCAUUGCAGGAUACAAUUACCAUAAAAGUGGACUGGUACCGGUGCCCGGAGAUGGCAGGUAUGAGUGGGCGGGUAGUUUGCCCAUUAAAGAGCGGCCGCACCUCAGCAAUCCUGCCAGUGGUUUUUUUGCCAGUGCCAACGAAGAUCUAA